AUGGAGCGGCGGAGCGGGAGCGGCGCGGGGCUGGCGGCUCUGGGCGCGCUGGGCCGGCGGCUGCUGUGGGCGCUGCCCGCCUACGCCGCGGGGCUGCUCGGGCUGGGCGCGGGCGCGCUCGUGCUCGCGCUCGCGCUCUACGCGGGCUGGCGGCGGCGGCGCCGCGCCCGGGAGCGCGGGAUGCGCGCGGCCGAGCGCCUGCAGCGGGACGAGGAGGCGGCCGUGCGCGCCGCCGCCGCCGGGCUGGGCGCGGCCCGCGGGGAGCUGCCGGCCUGGGUCAGCUUCCCGGAUGUGGAGCGGGCGGAAUGGCUGAACAAGGUCCUGGCCCAGGCCUGGCCCUUUUUUGGGCAGUACAUGGAGAAGCUCCUUGUGGAGAACGUGGCCCCCUCCAUCCGCGCCUCCAACACCCACCUGCAGACCUUCACCUUCACCAAGGUGGACAUGGGUGAGAAGCCCCUCCGGGUCCUGGGGGUCCGGGCUCACCCCGGCACCCACAAGAAGCAGAUCCUGCUGGACCUCAACAUCAGUUACGUGGGUGACGUCCAGAUCGACGUGGAGGUGAAGAAGUUCUUCUGCAAGGCAGGGGUGAAGGGGAUGCAGCUCCACGGGAUGCUGCGGAUCAUCCUGGAGCCACUCCUGGGGGACGUGCCCAUCGUGGGGGCCCUCACCAUGUUCUUCAUCCGGCGCCCGGUGGUCUGUAACACCUCAGCCCCCGUCUGGGAAGACGCUUUCCGCUUCUUCCUGCACGACCCCAGGAACCAGGACGUGGAUAUCCAGGUGAAGGAUGACCCCCGGCAGACCCCGCUGGGGUCCCUGUCUGUGCCCCUGUCCCGCCUGCUCGAGGCUCCAGAGCUGACUCUGGACGAGCCGUUCCCGCUCCAGCGCUCGGGGCCCGGGAGCCGCCUGUUCAUGAAGCUGGUCCUGCGGGUGCUUUUCCUCGACGCCCCCGAGAAGGGCGUGGCCCCCCCUGUCCCCCCAGGGCAGACGGAGCCCCCGGCCAGCACCGAGAGCCCCCCCCGGCCCACCCAGGCCAGCCCGGACCCCCGGUUUGGCACCGAGCACGUGCUGCGGAUCCACCUCCUGGAGGCCGAGAACCUGAUCGCCAAGGACAACUUCUUCAAGGGGAUGGUGCGGGGCCGCUCCGACCCCUACGCCAAGGUCCGCGUGGCCGGGAGGGUCUUCCGGAGCCGAGUGAUCAAGGAGGAGCUGAACCCCCGGUGGAACGAGGUCUACGAGGUGAUCGUGGACAACAUCCCAGGGCAGGACGUGGAGUUUGACCUCUUUGACAAGGACGUGGACAAGGAUGAUUUCCUGGGCCGGUGUAAAGUGCCACUGAGGCGGGUCCUGAGCAGCUGCAUUGUGGAUGAGUGGCUGCCCCUGGAGGAGGUGAAGUCAGGGCGGCUGCACGUGAAGCUGGAGAACCUGGACCCCCGGCCCAGCACUGCCCUCCUGGAGCAGGUCCUGCACACCAACAGCCUCCUGCAGCCUGCCCGGGGUGAAGAGCUCUCAGCCGCCCUCCUCUCUGUCUUCGUGGACCAAGCUGCCGACCUGCCGCUCCGGAAGGGCUCCAAAGCACCCUCCGCCUUCGCCAGCCUGGCUGUGGGCAACGUGUCCUUCAAGACCAAGACCUGCGCCCCGUCUGCAGAGCCCGUGUGGGACGAAGGCUUCUCCUUCCUCAUCAAGCGUCCGCACGAGGAGUCUCUUCAGCUGCAGGUGAAGGAGGAGGGGGGGCAGCCCCUGGGCAGCCUCAGCCUGCCCCUGCCACAGCUCCUGGCCUCGGAGGGGCUGGCUCUGGACGGAUGGUUCCCCCUGGCCGGGGGGGGCCCCGGCACCCAGAUCCUGCUGCGGGCGCAGCUGGGGGUCCUGGUGUCGCAGCAGGUGGAGGCGGGGGCCGGCGGGUCCCUGGAGGGGGGGGACACGGACCCCCAGCCCACAGAGGCGCGUGGGGAGCAGGAGGAGGAGGAGGAGUGCGGGACGGGGGGGCUGCGCCAGCGCCUGCCCCCUGUGGACAGCCCCCCUGAGCCAGCAGAGGGUCCCCGGCUCCAGCUCACGCUCUGGUACCACCGGGACGAGAGGAAGCUGGUGGCCAUCGUCCACGCCUGCAGGGAGCUGCGGGCGGCGGCGAAGGAGCUGCCAGACCCCUACGUGUCCCUGGUGCUGCUCCCCGACCGCAGCCGCGGCACCAAGAGGAAAACCAGCGUGCAGAGGAAGACCCUGAACCCCGAUUUCAACGAGAGGUUCGAGUGGGACCUGUCCCUGGAGGAAGUGUCACGGAGGAGGCUGGAAGCUCAUGUCAAAUCCACCCUGUCCUUCAUGACACGGGAGAAGGAGGCGCUGGGGAAGCUCCAUCUGAACCUGGCGCAGGUGGAUCUGUCCGAGGGGGGAUCCCACUGGUACGAGCUGCAGGAUGAGCGGAGCGGUCCCUAAAGCCAGACCAUCGGCCCCAACCCGUCCCCCUCGGGGGGACCCUCUGGCUGCUGCCGCCCCCACGCCCGCCAAGCCCCCGCCUCGCCAUCGACCAAAGACUGCUGGGCCGGGCCCCCCCGCACCCCCCAGACUGUUACAAACCUCGUGCCUUUGCCCCCCACCCGAGGGGCCCUCGGUGUUGGGGGGGCCCGGCUGGGGUUGUGUCCCCCGGGUCCCCCCCCUCCGAGGGGACGCUUCUUAGAGCCGCUGCUGCCACCACCGGGAUGUCACCGGGAUGUCCCCUGGAUGUCACCGCCGGGAUGUCACCGGGAUGUCCCCUGGAUGUCACCGCAGGGAUGUCACCGGGAUUUCACUGACCGGACCCCCCCGGAAUGCCACUGCCAGGCCACUGCCUUGAUGCCACCACCAGGGUGUCGCUGGGGUUCCACCUCCAGGCCACCGUGGGGACGCCACCGCCGUGCCGUGCCACCGGGAUGUCACCGCGCUGCCACCGCCGUGCCACCCCCCUCGCUGCCUUCCCAGGGCUGCGUCCCCGUCCCCCCCCCGCGCUAAUAAAGGGGGGAGGUCACA